AUGACGAAGAGCCGGAUGCCUUGUCAGGACCCAGAGAAUGCGAGGCCUGACUGGUACCUGACCAAGGUGAAGCUGAGGGUGACAGAUGUCAACGACAACGUCCCCGAGUGGGCCAUGGAGCCUUACCCCUACUUGGCAGUGGUGUCGCCCGAGGCCCCCCCUGGGGAGCUGGUGUACCCGCUCUAUGCUCUCGACGGGGAUGAGGGCAGUAGCGGCGAGGUGGAGUACUUCCUGGCUGAUGGUGGUAAUGGCUGCUUUGCGGUGGACAAGAAGAGUGGUCACAUCUUGACCACAGGUCUCCCCCUGCAGAUAGACAGGGAGUAUCUGCUGAGUGUAGUGGCCUUUGACAGGCUGGGCAGUCGCAGUGCUCCGGCCAUGGUGUCAGUCAUAGCAGGACCCAGAACACCACAGUUCACCAAGGCAUCCUACGCCAUUUCCAUACCAGAGAACACCCCAGAGGGACAGCCGUGA